AUAAACUUAUUUACUUCUUCCACCCUACUCACACUACUUAUACUAAUCGCCCCCGUUAUAGCAUCAAGUACAGAUUUCUACAAAAACAAUAACUACCAACGUUAUGUAAAAAAUAUAACUCUCUCUGCUUUCAUCACCAGCCUGAUCCCAAUAAUAAUAUUCAUCCACACAAACCAAGAAAUACUCAUCUCAAACUGACACUGAAUCACCAUCCACACCUUUAAACUAACACUUAGCUUUAAAAUAGACUACUUUUCACUUAUAUUUAUGCCCGUAGCAUUAUUCAUUACAUGAUCUAUUAUAGAAUUUUCAAUAUGAUACAUACACUCCGACCCUUACAUUAAUCAAUUCUUCAAAUAUCUACUCAUCUUCCUCAUCACUAUACUUAUCCUCGUCACAGCUAAUAAUCUCUUCCAAUUAUUUAUUGGAUGAGAAGGAGUAGGAAUCAUAUCCUUCCUAUUAAUUGGCUGAUGGUUCGGACGAACAGACGCCAAUACAGCCGCUCUCCAAGCAAUCCUAUAUAAUCGUAUCGGAGAUAUUGGUUUCCUUCUAUCUAUAGCCUGAUUUCUACAUAAUACAAACGCAUGAGAUUUACAACAAAUCUUCACACUUAACCAAAACCCCCCAACCCUUCCUCUCAUAGGACUUACACUAGCUGCAGCUGGAAAAUCAGCCCAAUUUGGCCUACACCCGUGACUACCUUCAGCAAUAGAAGGCCCCACUCCAGUCUCAGCCCUACUUCACUCAAGCACAAUAGUUGUAGCAGGAAUUUUCUUACUUAUCCGCUUUUACCCCUUAACAGAAAAUAGCAACUUUAUUCAGACAAUAAUACUUUCUCUAGGCGCCCUCACCACCCUAUUCACAGCUAUCUGUGCCUUAACCCAAAAUGACAUUAAAAAAAUCAUUGCUUUUUCUACCUCCAGCCAACUCGGCCUGAUAAUAGUAACACUAGGCCUCAAUCAACCACACCUAGCAUUCCUGCACAUCUGUACACAUGCUUUCUUCAAAGCCAUACUAUUUCUAUGCUCCGGCUCUAUCAUCCAUAAUUUAAAUAAUGAACAAGACAUUCGAAAAAUAGGAGGACUAUACAAAAUCCUUCCCUUCACCACAACUGCCCUAAUCAUCGGCUGCUUCGCACUAACAGGAAUACCAUUUCUCACAGGAUCUUAUUCUAAAGACCUUAUCAUUGAAGCCGCCACUUCGUCUUAUACCAACGCCUGAGCCCUAUUACUAACAUUAAUCGCCACCUCCAUAACAGCCAUUUACAGCACUCGCAUCAUUUUCUUUACUCUACUAGGACAACCUCGCUUCCCUCCUCUCACAAAUAUUAAUGAAACUAACCCCAUACUAAUUAACCCCAUCAAACGCCUAUUAAUCGGAAGUAUCUUCGCUGGAUUCAUUCUCUCCAACAGCAUACCCCCAAUAAACAUUCCUCUAAUGACCAUACCCUUGUAUCUAAAACUAACAGCCCUCAUAGUAACAAUUCUAGGCUUUAUUAUCGCAUUUGAAAUUAACACAUAUUCAAAAAACCUAAAAUAUUCCUACUCAUCAGACUCUACUAAAUUCUCUACCCUAUUAGGCUACUUCCCUACAAUCAUACAUCGCCUACCCCCUCAUCUAGUUCUAACAAUAAGCCAGAAACUCGCAACCUCCCUACUAGACCUAACCUGAACAGAAACAGUUCUACCAAAAACAACAGCUCUUAUUCAACUAAAAGCCUCCACACUAACUUCAAACCAAAAAGGACUUAUCAAACUCUACUUCCUAUCUUUCCUCAUCACCAUAACCCUCAGCAUACUACUAUUUAAUUACCCCGAGUAA